AUGAAGAUUGUCGUGUUUGCUCUUCUCCUCUCAGCUCAUUGUGAGCUGACAACAGCUCUGAAAAGAAAACACAUUUAUUUUGGCAAUGCAAUGACAUGGACAAAAGCUCAAAGUUAUUGCAGAACCUACUAUGUAGAUCUGUCCAGUGCUGACAGCCAGGAGGAAAUCACAGCGUUACGCGGUAUUGGUUCAUACAGCUGGGUUGGUCUGCGACAGAUCUCUGCAAACAACUGGCAGUGGAGUGAUGGAGGCAAUAGCAGUUUUAUCACCUGGGCAGCAGGAGAACCCACUGAAACCAGCACUGAUAUCUGCGGUAACAUUAAAAACGGUAGUUUGUAUAACUGGGACUGUAGUCAUUUAAACCCUUACUUGUGCUACAAGUGGGACACUGAACUGAUUGUGGUUAAAGAGAAUAAGAGCUGGGAGGACGCUUUACAAUACUGCAGGACUCAUCACACUGAUCUGGCCAGUCUGCCAACAGAUUUACAUCUCAUCCAAGCCAAACAAACCACUGCUAAGACAUCAAGUGUGUGGACAGGUCUACGGUUCAUGGCAGGCUCAUGGUUCUGGUUAAGUGGGGCAAAUCUGAGAAACAUUCUGAGGGUCCAGCUGCCAGUCUGUCCUGCCAAUAACUUCUAUUGUGUAUCUCUAAACCUGGAAAAUGAGAGCUGGGAGAACAGAGACUGUAUGGAGGAACUUAACUUUGUGUGCUACCAGAGAGGAGGGCUCUAAGAAGACCACAACACAAAAGAUGACAAACAUAGAAAUAAUAAGUUAUGUCUAGGUAGAUAUUUAUUUAAAAUUUAAAUAAAAUUGUAAACCUGCAAAACAUAGCAUCUGACAGCUUAUGUAGAAUUAAUGCAUAUUUAAACUGAAUAUGAUUUUUUUGUGUAUUGUUAAAGAACAUAAAAAUGCUAUUACUCUUUUUUUAUUUUGAGGUAAAACUUUACAAUAAAGUACAUUUUGUUAACAUUGAUGCAUUUGCUGACAUCAACUAAACCAGUGAACAAUAUAUUUAGUUGACAUUUAUUAAUAUUUGUUAAUGUAAUUUAAUGCCAAUAGAAUUGUUUAUGUUAGUUCAUACUAAUGUUAACAGUUACAGCUUUUGAUAAAAAAAUGUAUUAGUAUGUUGAAAUAAUGUUAACAAAUACAAGCUUAUUGUAAAGUUUAAACACAUUUAUUUAUUGUGCUUUUAUUAACCUCAGCUUAGUUUUGAUUUAUUUAAUCAUGUAUGUAAACCAAGUACGGUCCAAGUUAUUGAAUGCUGAAAGUGAGACAUAAUACACUGUAAUAUAUACUAACAGUCAUGUGUGUAACCCAUAUGGAGGCUUGUUAUUAUUGAGUAGAUAACAGUUAUGCAUUACAUGAUAAAAUGUAGAUAUGCUAGCCAGUGAGGUGAAUGCAAUGAAAGAGAGCCGAAUGGAGAGCGAACAGAAGACACAGGUUACAGUGAAGACAUCUUGAAGAAUGAAACCAUUAAAAUAAAAUAAGAUCAAAA